AAUCAUGUGAUGAUAGAUACAUAUAUAGUUUUAUAAUUUCCUGGUACAUAGAUUUAGUACAUAGAUUUAGAAUUGGAUAUUUUACCAGCCAUUUGGCGUAUGCCUUUUCUGUAUUAUGGCUAAUGCGAGUAAAAUCGAUUUAGUUGUAGUAGGAGAUAAUAAUUGUGGUGCCAAGGAGUUAAUAGAAACAUUUGUAAACGAAAGUAGUCAAAAAUAUCCUGCUUCUGAAGAUCAUUAUGUUACAAGAAAGACAAUUUGUCUUGAUGGAAAAACGAUUGAUUUACAGAUAGGGAUACCAAUGUCGCCAAGCCAGUUGCACGUCAUCCCGUUUGGUCGUUCUUUUCAUGGAGCGGUAAUCGUAUAUGAUAUUGGCAAUAUUGCCUCCUUUGCGGGUGUGGAAGGCUGGAUAUUGGACAUUUUGGAUGUAAGGAGUGACGCAGGUAUAACUAUUGUCGGCAACAACUUUCAUGAAAUAAAUGAGAGGGCAGUGAGCUAUCAGCAAGGGAAAGAACUGGCUGAGCGUUAUCAAAUGAAAUACCUAGAAGUCACAACAAACGAUUAUUCAAGUGUUGAAGAGAUGUUCCAUACAAUAGCCAGAGAUACACUCCAGAAUACAUUGACGAGAAAAAGAAAAAAGCAGAAGGGGGCAUUAGAAACUCCCGAUUUAAACAGAGAAGAAGAAAAAGCAAAACAAUCAGGAUUUUUAAGACGACUUUUGAAUCCGAUUAUUGGUUCUUUCCAAGGAGUUCCAGUUCCAGACGAACUGAAACUAGAUCCAUAUACAUUAGACUUGUACGAGAAAGCACUGAAAGAUGGGGUAGAAAAGGAUCGUAAUAUACGCAUAAACGUUGUUGGAAACUACAGACAAGGCAAGACAUCAUUAACAAAGAGACUGCUUGGGCAGAAAUUACGGGACAUUACAAGUACGAAUGGUAUAAACAUUGAACAUUUCACAUGUCAAAAAAUUGAUGGAGGAAAGUUCAGAUACAAAAAAGCAGACGAUACAUGCUCAGAUAUUGUUGGCCGUUUGGUUUCUGUUGCUCUAAACAAAGAAACUGAGAGUAAACAGGUAAACGGAAUAUAA